AUGUCGGCGACACCUUUAGCGCGGUCUCCUUUGUCUUCUUGUUCCUUACUAGCUGGCUUAUCCACAUCACAGGUCGCUUUAAAUAGAUUAUCUGUGUGUGUACCGCUCUAUAUCUUCGGAUUAGGCCUGAUAGUUAAUUUCCGCCAAUUAGGUGGAUACAUUGACUAUAUUGAGUGUUUUCGUUAUUUGGGCGCAGCUUACCGUUCUCGCUUCUGUCGACCACUAACACGUUGCUGCGGUACUAGUCUUAUUGUUCGUGAUAGACAGGCAGUAAUAGUGGCGCUAGCGAUUUGUACAAACACGUUCUUAAAGCAACUUAAGCAAAGCCUACCGGAAUCAGCUAUCACUGAUAUAGCCCUUAUCUACGAGGGUCUUUUAGCGCAGCUUAGUUACUCAGUUGGUAGCCCAACACGGUAUGCUAUUGUGAAAGCCUACGGCUACGCCCAAACAAGAAUGCUUGCUUCUGGCACCGCAUUUAUGGUAUUGGGCUUUAUCUAA